AUGGAGAGACCGGGCAGGGUCAACAUUCCUUCCGGAGCCCCGAGCAUUCGGGACUGGUACGUCGAGCGGGUCGGGGUCGCGACCCAGAUCUGCCACCACCUCGGCAUCGGGACAAGCAACGGAAUCCCCUCCUUCCCCGGAGAGCAGCCGCGGAUGGUCGGGCUGGCGGGGCCCGGCGGAGCGGGGAAGUCGACCGUCGCCUCGAUGGUGGUCACCCAGGUGGACGUGCAGGCGUUCUUCCGCGGCAGGGUGCUCUGGCUUUCGGUGGGGAAGGGGGCCAAGGACCGCCUGCCGGCGCUCAUGUUCGAGCUCGCGAACAGGGUGCGGGAGACGGUGCUGCAGAAGAUGGCCAGGCGGCCCCGGGAGGCGACCGUCGGCAUCAAUUCCGAGGACGGGGCGGCCUACAUCCGCGAGGAGGCGGGCAAGGGCGACACGCGCUUCCUGGUGGUAGCCGACGACGUCUGGGACGCGGAGGUGCUGGGGGAGCUCAGGAGAGCCGGGGCGUGGGUCAUCUACACCACCCGUAAGACCGAACUGUUCCCGGGAACCCCGGCGAUAAGGCUGGAGGAGGUCCUGGAGGAGGAGGCCGAGAUGAUGCUUCGGCGGGCGGCCGACCUUGGCGAGCAAGCCCGCCUCCCCCCGGCGGCGUACGAGCUGAUGAAGCGGUGCGACUUCGCCGUGCUGGACCUGGCCUUGGUCGGUCGGUGGGGCAACAUCCGUCGCAGAAGCUGCGAGAGCGCGUGGCGAGCGGCGUUGGACAGCAUCAUAGAGACCCAGCGCGCCGGCGGCGACGGCGGACAGCUGCUCCCGUGGCGAGCGGCGGUCCUCCGGGCUGGGCUCGGCGUGCUCGCGAGCGACAACCCCCAGACGACGGAGCUCUACUACGCCCUGGCCCUGCUGCCGACGGGGCUAGCGUUCCCCCCGGAGGUCGCCUUGAUCCUGCUGUACGGGGACGACUUCUCCGAGAGCGCCCUGAAGGCGGCGGAGGCCGUCCUGGGCACCCUCGAACGCCUGUCGAUCCUGACGCUGGAGGAGAACAGCGGGUGGUACCACGUCCACGAGAACCACGUGGACUUCGUCCUCGACCGUCCCCUGGCAAAGCACUACACGCGGGACACGGCGCUUCCCCGGUGGCGACGUUACAUCUCGAGCGUGAGGGCCCUCAACACCUACUCGAGCGCCUGGCUGGACAAGGUCUGGGAGAAACUCUCGAAGGUCGAGGGGGAGGGCUUUGUCCGUAGCCCGUACAACGCGGCGCUGAACGCGAUAAUGGACGAUUCGGAAGGCGAGCUCCUGGAGGCCCUGCGGAGGGCCGCGGAGUUUCACUUCUGCCGGGAGGACUGGUCGGAGGCCUUCGACAAGUACUCCAACCUGUUGCUGAUCAAGGAGCAGACCGCCGGCCCCCACCACCCCGACGUGGCAAAAAUCCUGCACAACCUGGGGAUGUGCGCUUGCGAGGUCGGGCGAGAAAAGGAGACCGAGGGGUAUCUCCGACGGGCCCUGGCGAUCCAGGAGGAAAAGCUGGCCCCCGACGACCCUCACAUCGCGAGCACCCUGCACUCCCUCGGGGUGUACACCCGUAAAUCCGGGAAGGUCAAGGAGGCCGAGGGCUUCAUCCGGCGAGCCCUUGACAUCAGGAAGGGGAAGCUUUGCACCGACCCGCUGAUCUUGGGGCGCACGCUGCACUCCCUCGGCGUCUGCGCCUACGAUGCGGUGCGGCUGGAGGAGGCCGAGGAUCUGCUCCUGCGAGCGCUGGCCACGAGGGAAGGGGUGCUGGGCAGCGUGCACCUGGAAGUGGCGGACACGCUGCACGUCCUGGGCGGGUGCGCGUUGAAGGCCGGGCGGAUGGAGGACGCCGAAAAGCUGUACCUGCGAGCGCUCGUCAUCAGGGAGGAGAAGCUUGGAACGGACCACCCGGACGUCUCGCGAACCCUCCGGAACCUCGGGAUAUGCUCCGUGCACAAGGCGAGGCUGGAGGAGCGUUGA